AUGGCUGGGAUAGCCGAGAUGUUCAAGAAGAACACAGGUGAUCAGUAUCUAGCAGGUUUGUGGAAGUCACGUCUAGUUGAGGGACUGGGCUGGGUCGUCCUAAAUCCCAUUUCUCGACCGAAGAAUCCGUUUCGUGUACCAUCAUGGUCUUGGGCUGCCGUGGACUCGGCUAUCCUACCCCAAGGAACCGUGGGCGGAGUCACAAACUUGGUACACGUAAUCGAUGCCAGUGUCGAGCAUUCCCUGACUUCUGCAGGAUGUGAACAGAUCAAAGGAUCCAUACAGUUACGGUGCUGUGUCUCCAAAGCCACCGUCUUUGAGAGUAAUCGUUUUAGCGGCGGUGAGAAUGUCGUCCUUAGACUUAUGGAGACAUCAUCAAAGGUCUUUGCAUACCCCGAUACUCUCGCGACAAUGUUUGAAGUUGGAAAGGAGCUGCACUUUAUCCCGCUCAGAUCGACGAUACGAAUUAAAGAGACCUCACAAAUGCCUCUGACCCUCAUUGAAGGCCUCAUGUUGGAAGCCGUAUCUGGAGUGGAAAAUACCUUUAGGCGCAUAGGGCAGUUUGUGAUUUUUCCCUCUGAUCAUGGUGGCUUCUUUGGCCUAAUCACGACCCCUUCAAAGUCGUGCGAAGAGGUUGCUUUUGUGAAAUUAGAGGAAGCACAGAAGUCAAUCGUCACUCUAGUAUGA